CCAGGAACUCAUCUCCUUGUGCUUCGCGUCGAUCGAUUCUGAGAGACAGAGUGACCGUGUUGUAAAGGGCUUAUUCCAUCGAGCCUUGUUUUGUAGAAUUUGGUAUUCGACGAACUGCUUUUCGGGAGAGAGUCCUCCGAGCAGUGUUUUCCUGAAUUGGGCGGCGAGGGUUUAGUUUGUGAGAGGUUUUUGUGGUGUGAGUUCAUUAACAUCAUGGCUGAGGAAGGAACAUUGAUUCUUACCAGUAGCGCGAUCAGUAAUGGCGGACGAAUUCCGCGCAAGUAUACUCAAGUUGGCCAAGGAGCAGUGAAGGAUGUCUCGCCCCCGGUGGAAUGGUACAAUGUGCCGGAGGGGACAAAUUGCUUGGCACUCAUCAUGGAAGACCUCGGUUCUGUCGACCCUGCCGACUCCACCGCCAACCCGUUCGUGCACUGGGUAGUCGUCAACAUCCCUCCUACAAUGAAAGGGUUGCCAGAGGGUUUCACAACCAAGGAUGUAGACGACGAGCGCGACGAUGCCAGCCAAAUCCAGGAAGGUCCGAAUGAUUUCAAAGCAACGGGUUACCGUGGGCCGAUCCCGUCAGACACCGAACAUCGUUACGAGUUCCAUCUCUACGCGCUUGACUCCGCGCUCAAGGUUCCCAAGAAGCCAUCGCGAGACAGAGUCCUGGAUGCUAUGGAGGGUCACAUCCUUGCUGACGCAGUGUUGGUAGCCUCCUACGGCACGGAGGGUGCUCAUAUGGGACACAACAACUACAUGGCACCAGGGCAGCCACAUAUUGCCGGUCCAGGGCGCCCCGAAGCUCACAAAAAUAGCUACAACCCCAUGGGCCAGAUUCACGGAAGAUAGAUGAUAUGCCUCAGCCUCCCCGCCGCCGCGACAUGGAUUCAAAAACGCAUGUUUCAGGGUGCAGCUGUAGAACAGAAAACACAAACAGAUUCUACCACUGCUUCCUCUUGAUGCAUUCUGUGGCCCUUUCAUAGGUGAUUUCUAUUGUACAAACUCUCAGUAACAACUUUGCUUGCUCAUAACUUGGUGCAACCUCCUCA